GCAGCAAGAGGAGCUGCAACAGCAGCAGCAGCAACAGCAAGAGGAGCUGCAACAGCAGCCACACCAGGAACAGCAGGCCGAGGCCCAGCCAUCCCCCUUGGGGGGCUUCGUGGAGGAGGGAGGCUUUUGCAUCAGGAAAGGCGGAGGCCUUGGACCUCAGUUGGGGUUAGGGGCGGGCUCUCCCCCAUCUUCCCCCCCACCAAGGACCGGCCCCACCGCCUCCUCCCUCCCCCCCUGGAAUUAGCUUUAAGGGCGAACGGCUUUAAAGGUGGCCUCUUUUUCCCCCCACCCCGUCGUCGUUUUGGCCUUCUUGCAUCAUUGGCCAAUCGGAUUUUCGGUGCGGGAGGAGAUGGGGGCUCACCAUGAGGCCUGACCCUCGAGGGGGGCGAAAACUGACAUAAAUAACCCCGCAGACCGCCCAGGAAAGGAAACAACCCCCCUCCCUUCCCCCCACCCCCAGACCCAUCCACUAACAAUGACAAAAACCCAUUUUUUCCUAAGGAAAAGGCAGCCCACGGACGGAGGAGUGGGAGAAAGGAGCCGAAGCCUCGUCUGCCGGGAGAGCGAGCCCCCAACAGCCGUAUUUUUCCAGCCGGUUGCCGGCUCCUGACCGCCUUCCGCGGUCGAUCAUUUUUUUUUGUUGUUGUUGUUGUUGUUGUCGUCGAAGAAGAAGAGGGGAGGAGGGGGUUUGAGGACCCGUUUCGGUGAAAUCUCCUCUCGCUUCAAGAAAAUUAAAUAUUCCUCGAAACCUCCGGCCGAGGCCUACAGGGGGGUCGCCCACCCUCAACCGGCCCAAUGGAGACGGUGGGGAAGUUUGAGUUCAGCAGGAAAGAUCUCAUUGGACAUGGAGCCUUCGCUGUUGUGUUCAAGGGGAGGCACCAAGAGAAACAUGAUCUGGAAGUGGCGGUCAAAUGUAUUAACAAGAAAAACCUCGCAAAGUCCCAGACUCUGUUGGGGAAGGAAAUCAAAAUUCUGAAGGAACUGAAACAUGAAAACAUCGUUGCCUUGUAUGACUUUCAGGAAAUGGCCAACUCUGUCUACUUGGUAAUGGAGUACUGCAAUGGCGGGGACCUGGCUGACUACCUGCAUUCCAUGCGGACGCUCAGCGAGGACACGAUCCGGCUCUUCCUCCAGCAGAUUGCGGGCGCCAUGAAGAUGCUCCACAGCAAAGGCAUCAUCCACCGGGACCUGAAGCCCCAGAACAUCCUCCUGUCCUACCCUGGGGCCCGCAAGUCCAACCCCAACAACAUUCGCGUGAAGAUCGCUGAUUUUGGAUUUGCCCGGUACCUGCAGAACAACAUGAUGGCGGCCACGCUGUGCGGCUCCCCCAUGUACAUGGCUCCGGAAGUUAUCAUGUCCCAGCACUACGAUGCCAAGGCUGACCUGUGGAGCAUAGGCACCAUCAUCUACCAGUGCCUGACUGGAAAGGCCCCCUUCCAGGCCAGCAGCCCCCAAGACCUCCGGCUCUUCUAUGAGAAAAACAAGACCCUGAUGCCCAACAUCCCCAGGGAGACCUCCGGCCACCUGAGACAACUGCUCCUGGGACUUCUCCAGCGGAAUCAUAAGGACCGCAUGGACUUUGAUGAAUUUUUCCAUCAUCCUUUCUUGGAUGCGAGCUCCUCCAUCAAGAAAUCCCCUCCAGUGCCAAUGCCUUCGUACCCGAGCUCGGGGUCCGGCAGCUCCUCCAGCAGCUCUUCCACCUCACACCUGGCUUCCCCCCCUGGCACACAGUCCUUGGGAGAGAUGCAGCAGCUGCAGAAGACACUGACGUCCCCAAAUCAGGACACCGCGGGCUUCCUGCACCGAUCCAAGGAUUCAGCUGGCAGCAGCAGCAAGAAUUCAUCCUGUGACACCGAUGACUUUGUCAUGGUCCCUGCUCACUUUCCAAGGACCGCUUUCCAGGCCAGAACCCCGACCCCUCUUACUGAGCAGCGUCCGGAGACAGGACCCCAGGCUAAUCCCGUCCCCCGCGUCCCUGUCACCCCAGGUGAUAUUGCUGCCGAGGCCGCGGGAGGCAAGCCCGUCCAGGACAGCCUGAUGUAUAGCGGGAGUUCAUUGGUGACUUCAGCUGGACUGGAGAGCCAGGGUCAGACACCGUCACCCUCACCCCCAUAUGGCAACUCGCCCAGCCCAUCAGGUCGGCCCGGCCCGUUCUCCAGCAGCAGAUAUGGUCCUUCCAUCCCCAUCCCAGUUCCGACACAAAUCCAGAACUACAAGCGCAUCGAGCAGAACCUCCAGUCUCCCAUCCAGUACACACCCCCACGGUCUUGUGUGGUGCGGGCACCCAGCAACACAAGCCCCCUGGGGUUUGCCAGAAUCAGCGCCUCGCCCCCCUCCCACGGAGAGCAUGGAGCCGCCUUUGCCAGGAAGUUCUCCCUCUGCGGGGCAAAUCCCUACCCUCCAUCUCCCCAAGUUGGAACGAUCCCAGAGCGACCUGGACAGAGCCUGAUUCCCUCCCCGCAAGGAGCCGAAUUGCGCACCUGGCUCCCCAUCCCUGGCGCCUCCCUGCCUGAGCCCUCGGCCCGUGGGCUGGGCUCCCGCCUGCACAGUGCCCCCAACCUGUCUGAUCUGCACGCGGUGCGGCCGAAGCUGCCCAAGCCACCGUCUGAGCCGCUGGUAGCCGCGUGCGGCCAUGCCCAGGCCAGCCCGCCCCACGGCCUGCAUGCCUGCCGACCCCUCCGCUCAUCCCCCAAGUUGUCCGACUUCAUGCAGAGGAACCCCCUGCCCACCAUCGUCGGCUCCCCGACCAAGGCCAUACCCCCUUUCGACUUCCCCAAGACCCCUAGCUCCCAGAACCUACUUGCGCUGCUGGCUCACCAAGGGAUGGUGGUGACGCCCACCAGGAACCGGACCCUGCCGGACCUGAAGGAGAUGGGUCAUUUUCAGGGCCAGCACCCAGGCCUCGGCUUCCGGACCGUGGAGGAGAUCAAGGGCCCUUUCGGCAGGUCUAGGUCUCUAAGCACCGGCCGCCUCACUGACCUGCUUCUCAAAGCUGCCUUCGGAGCCCAGGUUUCAGAAGCGGGAAGCAAUGACAGUCUCAACAAUGAGAAACCAAUGGAGAUCACAGGGCCUUCUGCUGGUUACGGAGGGAACCUUUUCUCUGGUGCUAGGGUUGGGGGCUCCUCCAGCCCCUCCCCUGUUGUCUUCACCGUGGGCUCCCCCCCAAGUGGGACAACCCCUCCCCAGGCCCCCAGAACCAGGAUGUUUUCAGGUACCCGCUGGUCACCCAUCCUUCACACACACCCAGACCCGUUCCUGGGCUCACCGGGCUCCCUGAGCUCGGGAACCUCCUUCAGCGGUCGCCACAUGCUCCUGGGGAUGGGCGCCGAAGCCCUGGAGGCCCCGUCCAGCCUACGCUGCACCUUCACUGACCCUAUCGCCGCCAACCUGGAGGGAGCGGUGACCUUUGAGGCCCCAGAGCUCCCCGAGGAGACGCUCAUGGAGCAAGAGCACACCGACAUACUGCGCAGCCUGCGCUUCACCCUGGCUUUCGUCCACUCCGUCAUGGAGAUCGCAGCCGUCAAGGGCAGCGCCGGCGAGCUGGGUGGCUCGGUGGCCUCGGAGUACCAGCUUCAGGAGAGCGUGGUGGCCGACCAGAUCAGCCUGCUGAGCCGCGAGUGGAGCUACGCUGAGCAACUGGUGCUGUAUCUGAAAGUGGCCGAGCUGCUCUCCUCCGGCCUGCAGACAGCCAUCGAGCAGAUCAAAGCCGGCAAGCUCUGCCUCUCAUCCACGGUCAAACAAGUGGUGAGGAAGCUGAAUGAACUGUACAAGUCCAGCGUGUCGGCCUGCCACUGUCUGAAUGUGCGGCUGCAGCGGUUCUUCCUGGACAAGCAGAAGCUCAUGGACCGGAUCAACAGCAUCACAGCCGAGAAGCUCAUCUUCAGUUCGGCCGUGCAGAUGGUUCAGUCAGCUGCCCUGGACGAGAUGUUCCACCAUCGGGAAGACUGUGUUCAGCGCUACCACAAAGCGCUGCUGUUGAUGGAGGGGCUGCUGCACAUCAUCACGGAGCAGGCCGACAUCGAGAACAUCAACAAAUGUAAGAUGUGCAUCGAGCGGCGACUGUCAGCCCUGCUGUCUGGCAUCUGCGCGUGACCCAGCCGGCCUCCGCCUCCAGCCCACGCCCCCCAGACAACCGCUUUCAGUUUUUGGUCUCAGGCCGCAGAGCGGAGCCCGCCAGAAGGCGGGAAGGCCGGCCCUGGACGGCACUGCCGCCGGACUCGUCUCCAGGAAGCGCCGGCCCCGCGGCGAGACAGAUCGUCGACUCUCUCCGGGUAGAGACCUGGGCCGCGGCGAUCCGGGCCAGCUUCACCCCGCUUGGAGCCGCCUGGGACGGAGAGGGAAGGCGGCACAAAGGGCUCUCCUGCCCUCCGGAGAGCCAAGCUGCUACAUACAAUCCUCCCUUCCCAGGGGUAGGGUCUCCCUCCGGGGAGUGGGCAGGGUGGGCAGGAGGCGUCCAUUGCAGGCAGCGGACACCGUGAAUUCACCUUCCCUGAUGACACAAGGCCAGUUGUGAGUGUUCUCUUUCCUCCCUCGUCUUCCUCCUCCUCCUCUUCCUCCCUCCCUCCCGCUGACCGCCAGUCACCCGGCAGGGUCCUGGAACGACCCCACUCUUUCCCGUCCCCUCCGCUGGGGCCAGAGAAGGGGCGAACCGGAGGAGUUUCCCGUGCUGGGCACAGAGCAGCACAGUUACUCCAGGGGUCACCCAGGGACGCUUCCUGACCUACCCCCCGCACCCCGGGGCCCGUGGGGAACAGCCCGGCCUCUGCCGACGGCCGGGAACGGGGAAGCAACCCGGGAAAAGGAAAAACUUCCUUGAAUAAAGAACCCGAUCCCUCUGCCGGAGAUCCAAGCCAAAACGUGCGUUUUCUCCAGCUCCAUCUUCAAAGACAGGGCCAGGCCAACCUGCACAAGAGAAUCUGCCACCUCCUCCUACUUUUAAUCAUUCUUCAGAGAACCCAAAAAGCCUCCCCACUAGCUUUGUGAAUCAAAGGAGCACUUUAUACGGGAUGGAGACCUCGAAAACCUCGAAAAUGCGUUAUGGGGUGUUCCAGGAACAUACUGACAGCCAGGAAUUAUGCUGGCCCUUUAUAUUCCUCUCCGACUCCCACUCCCUUUUUUCCCGGUUACUUUAUUGCACUACUAGUGUGUACAUAUAUAAAUAGAGCUGUGUGUUGCGAGGGUGUGUGUUGUAUGUAUUUAACUGCACUGUAUCUUGUACUUGUGAGGAAAACAGCCCAUGCAGUGUGGCGACCUGCUCACCUGUGGCUUCCGGGGACGGGUGGGACCCUGCAGGUCCAAGAGAAAAGAUACAGUGGUUUUAUUUAAAUGUUCUUUUAAGGACAGACAGUAUAAAGCUCCAAGCUUUUUAAAAGCUUCAGAACAGACGACGAAAUCUUACACACUUCAGACGUAAAAGUGCGUUUCAUUUUUUUUGCAGCUCAUUUUUUUUUUAAAAGACGAAAACAAUCUCUUUAGCGUGCGUUUUCUUUGGGAGGGUGUGUGUGUUGGGGGGCGGGGGGGGUGCGGAGUGAAUGUGCGCGUGUGUUCAAGCGUGUCUUUUUACGUGAGAUUUCGAGAGCCAAACGGAUGCCGCGGGUGGGAAUGUCGGACACUUGGCCUCUCUCUGCUGCUUCCUGAGCAUGGGAGGGGCCCCGCCGGACUGGGAGCCGAGCGGCCUCCUGGUUUGGGCUGGCGCUGGCCAGAGGUGACCUCUCGGCUGAGCUUAGAAAGUCCCUUGAGCGAGCCGCUUUCA